GUUUGGAUCACAAAAUCAAAACCAAAAAAUAAAAAAAUUAAAAAAAUUAAAAAAAAAAAUUGUUGAGGAGAUAGACGCUGUGAAAUCCCAACCAAGGAAGCAAAUCUAGAAUGGAAUCGAGCAUUCUAGAAUCAAUAGGCGUUGAGAUAAUCGGAGUAAUGUCCCCAGUUUCAAUCUGCAUGUUCCUUGUGGUUCUCUUAGUCUAUUCCCUCUCAACAUCCUCUUCCUCCGUCGACGCCACAAUCCGCACGGCGGCGAAUCUCGUCUACGCCGAGAACCCCUCCGACACCGCCGCCGAGAAACUCGAGGGCGCGCUCCUCAACGCCCUCGUCUUCGUCAUCCUCAUCGCGUUAGUCACUUUCCUUCUCGUCCUCCUCUACUACUACAACUGCACCGCCUUCCUCCGCCACUACAUGCGCUUCUCCGCCUUCUUCGUCCUCGCCUCCAUGGGCGGAUCCAUCUUCCUCUCCCUCAUCCAGCGCUUCUCCAUCCCUCUCGAUUCGAUUACGUGCUUCCUCCUCCUCUUCAACUUCACCGUCGUCGGCGUUCUCUCCGUCUUCGCCGGCGGGAUCCCUAUUUUGCUCCGUCAGGGUUAUAUGGUCUGUUUGGGGAUUAUUGUUGCUGCAUGGUUCACCAAAUUGCCUGAAUGGACCACCUGGGUUUUGCUUGUAGCGCUUGCGGUUUAUGAUUUGGUGGCGGUUUUGGCCCCCGGUGGCCCCUUGAAGCUCCUCGUCGAUUUGGCCUCGACCCGGAACGAGGAGCUUCCGGCGCUCGUGUAUGAGGCUCGGCCCACCGUGGCGCUAACCGGCCGCCGCGGCGGCGGGGCUUCUACUUUAGGGCUUUUGGUCACCGGAGUUUCGGAAUCGGAACCGCGACCGGAAUCUUCAUCAAUUGAGCUUCAGACGGUGUCUAGGGAUAAUGUGGAUAGGAAUGAGAUUGAGAAUGAGAAUGAGGGUCAUUUUCAUGGAAACUCUGUGGUGAGUCAGAGUAGUAGGAAUGAUGAAGAGGAAAUAUCGCCGUUGGUCGGUAACCGGUCAUCGAGCACGCAAUUUGGUCGGAGAGAGGUUGAGAUUGUUGAUGAGGAAAUGUCUCCACUUGUUGAGAUGAUUGGGAUGGGGAAUGAAGGACAGAUGAUGAUGGGAAGGGAUGGUGUGGAAAUUGCUUCUAGGGGUAUUAAGCUUGGCCUUGGGGACUUUGUGUUCUACAGUGUUCUUGUGGGUAGAGCUGCAAUGUAUGAUCUGAUGACAGUGUAUGCUUGUUACCUUGCAAUUAUAUCAGGACUUGGGUGCACUCUUAUAUUGUUGUCAGUGUGCCGCCAAGCUCUGCCUGCACUGCCUGUUUCUAUCACCUUGGGUGUUCUUUUCUAUUUUUUGACUCGGUUGCUUAUGGAACCCUUCAUUGUUGGGACAGCCACAAAUUUAAUGAUGUUUUGAAAUAGCAUUGUUCUUCUUUUGAGAGAUUGAGGUUAGGCUUUAGAUAUGUACUAAUGCUUUCAUAGACAAUGAACUUGUACAUGGAGUGAAGAGGUAGUACUCCUUUGCCUCGUGUCUCCUUUGUAGUAACAUAAUUGUUCUCAUCAUCUUAUGAUUUUGAGCAGAUAGUGUUCCAAUUAAUGGUCAUCAAUCAUCAGACUG